GUGCCUUAUAUGCUUCAUAUUCUGAUUUGUAAGGAAACUUAAAAGUCAGUAUUGGACAUAUUUAAAAGGUGGUGAUAAUGACCACAAGGUGGGACGUGCCCAGUAAUAAGUGAAAUAAGGAUUCUAAAUGCAGCAGAGAAUAAUAAGUGCAUAUCAGGUAGCAAAAGUGAAACAUGUCAACACAGUGACAGGGCUGCUGGCAUGCUCUCCUGUAAUAUUGGGAGGUGGGCCUGCCAUUACACAUUUGGAUCAUGUGAGAUACAGAACCAGGUAAAGCCAAAUACCUAGAUCUAGCUGUAUGUUGUUAAAAGGCCUAAUAUUGAGGAAGGAAUUAAUUGCCUUUGGGGAAAUGAAGGGCUUGAGUUUUUCAUAAGUACUGAGCACUCAAAGUGGAAAAUUUUAACAGGGAGGGCAAGUAAUAAUUGGAACAGAUUAGCAAGGGAUGUGGCAGAUUAUCCAUCACUUGGAGUCUUUUGAAUUAAGACUAGAUUUCUCUCGAAAAGAAAUGCGGUAGGCUAGCCACAAGUUAUUGGGCUGAUGCAAAAAUUACUGAGUGCAGUACUAUGUGUUGGGUUUAUGCAGAAGGUUGGACUAGAUCAGUGGUUCUCAAACUUUUGUACUGGUGAGCCCUUUCACAUAGCGAGCCUCUAAGUGCCAUAAAUUAAAAACCCUUUUUUAUAUAUUUAACGCAAUUAUAAAUGCUGUUCUUUCCCAUGUCUCUGACUUUCUUCAGGAAAUUGCCUUAGACUCUCCUACAUCUUAAGUUGGUCUACACUCAGUUUAUAUACAGAUUUAACUCUUUUAGUUUGUGUGUGUGUUUAUUACUGAAACUAUUAGACCCGUUCAGCCUCCAGUGGGGGUGCAGUUAGAUCAGCAUAAAGGCGCCUUAUGGGAAUAAGCUAUAGCAGAAUAAUUUACAGAGAUAAAUUAUGCUGGUAUAAGUACCUUCAUACCACUAUAACAAAAUCCAUACUGGGAAGGUUGUAUCAUUUUAAUAUAUUGAUAUAGUUAGAAGGUUACAUUUUGUGAGUGUAGAUAAACUGUUAUUGUGGGGUUCUGAGAAACUCCAGUGCUUUUGUAUCCCAUCCUGUCAGAACUGGGCCUAUGUCCCUCUCUAGUGGCUAUACCAUGUAAGAGAUUUUAAGUCUGCUGUUGACUCUAGGUUCAACCCCUGCAUGACCCAUCCAAGUCAUGGUUACACCUUCAUCCAUUUCUUCUGCCAUGCAGUGGGGUUAAGGAAACUGAGGCAGGAAGCCAGCUUUCAUCCUGUCCCACUUCAGGCUUAAAAUGCUUAGUCAUUGCGUAAAGGGCAUUAUAUGUAUCCCUUUACCCUGUUCAGCCAGGCUGAUCUAUGACUAUGCCUCUCAAAGGGCCCUGUGCAAUGCUUCAGCUGCUUUAUCAAGGACUGGAGUCUCCCCUAGGGGCUGUCAGGCCCUCUUGCACUCAGGUCAGCCACAGCACAUAGACUAUUCAGGUGAUGCCUCCGGCCGGAGAAGGAAGAGAAUGUUAGAAUCAGAAUGUCCCGUGGCAGUUGGACAUGAGCAGUUACGGGGCAGUGCUACCAACUCCGGUGAUACGUGGUGUCUUGUUUGAAGCCUGAGACUCUUGAGUCAUGUGGCUGUAUCAGCAUCUCAGUUUUCUUUUGGUCUUUUAAAAUUUAUAUAUUCAUGUUGCUGUGAGACCACCUGCAGUUGGUGCCAUUUACAAGCUUGUGAAAAAAGAAGAGAAUUCCAACAAAUCCUCCCUGCAUUUUUCAGAUUUAUUUCCUACAAAACGAGAGCAUUUUAAGGCAGACAUACAAGGAAAUCUACUCUGUAUAGUUUCACCACUGGAUGUCACUGCUUCUCCAGUCGCAAGGAAGGUGCUGUUGUUUCCCGAUCUUCGGCUCUUUACAAUCCUUCUCACCCGCUAAUUUCUCCCUGGGCUUUUUCUAAGAGAGAUUCUCGUUGGUGGGCAGGGGCAGCCCCAUUGUUAACGCUGCACUCAGCCUUCUGUCUAUAUUGCUCUAUAGAAGAUGCACUAUUACCGAUACUCUAACCCAGAAAUCAGCUGUUGGUACAAAUACCUGCUUUUCAGCUACAACAUCAUCUUCUGGCUAGCUGGAGUUGCUUUCCUUGCAGCCGGGCUUUGGGCAUGGAGUGAAAAGGGUGUAUUAUCUGAUCUCACGAAGGUAACCCGUCUCCAUGGCUUUGACCCGGUGGUACUUGUCUUGGUGGUUGGAGGAGUGAUGUUCGUUCUGGGAUUUGCUGGUUGCGUAGGAGCGUUGAGGGAAAACAUCUGCCUUCUGAAGUUUUUUUGUGGAGCAAUCGUACUUAUAUUUACGUUGGAGCUGGCUGUGGCAGUGCUGGCUUUCUUGUUCCAGGACUGGGUGAGGGACCGGUUCAAGGAAUUCUUUGAGAAUAACAUUAAAUCCUACCGAGAUGACAUCGAUCUACAGAACCUCAUUGACUCAUUGCAGAAAAUUAACCAUUGCUGUGGUGCUCAGGGGCCAGAUGACUGGGAUCUUAACAUUUACUUCAACUGCAGUACUGAAAGCAAAAGUCGUGAGAAGUGUGGGGUCCCCUUUUCCUGCUGUGUACCUGAUCCUGCUCAAAAGGUUGUGAAUACGCAAUGUGGAUAUGACAUCAGAGCACAGAAGAAAAACCAAUGGGACAAUUUAAUUUUCACCAAGGGUUGUAUCCCUGCUCUUGAAGCUUGGCUACCCCGAAACAUCUACAUUGUUGCAGGAGCCUUCAUAGCUAUCUCAUUGCUGCAGAUAUUUGGGAUUUUCCUGGCCAGGUCACUGAUUUCGGAUAUUGAAGUUGUAAAGGCAGGUCAUCUUUUCUGAAGACGAAAGCAGACACCAGCUGUGAAGACACACACCUUUCACUGCUAUUGAUUUGACAUCCAGGUGAAAAGAAAUUGAGACACACACAGGCCUUGGAGUGCUCCAGGUUUUAAAAGCCUUAUUUUUGUAUCAGCCAGAUGUUACUCCGCUUCUGCUUUUGCUGCAGGCUGGUGCAGAAAGAACACACUGCUUCCUCCCCCAGAUCCCCUUCUCCCCAGUGCAACAUCAGUUUCUUUCUCCAAGGGGAAGACUAGAUUUAAACCUUUUUUGGUGUGGAAGAGAUUCCCCAUAACCUAUGAGGGAUGGAUCAAAAGACUCCAGUAAGCAGAAUGGAAACUGCUAUAAACCAGUCCCUUCCCUUACAGCAGCAAGUUCUUCAAGGUCUGUUUUGUCUUGGCUCCUAGCUACCAUCAUUGGAGGUUGCCAAUGUUGCAUUCAUUAUGUGGAUCAUAGCUGCAUCUGUUGUGAUGUUUGUCGUGGUCUUAGAAGAGAGUGUCCUAAAGAUCGACAAAUGACCGCAUUGAUGGAAUAGGCAAAGGAGGUUACUUAAUGUCUAUUCUCAAAACAUUGUAGUCUGUUCUCGAAACAUCAAGCAUUUAAUUGUGUUCUGUUUGAGUGGAAGGCCCAGGCAGUUAUGUCACUGGAUUAUUGUGAGUCAUGAUAGUCUUGGUAUUAGAGACGGUAAAGAAAUGUCAUUAAGUCUCUAGUUGUCAGAUGGAACCUCAGCUGUGCAGAAGUAGGGAGCGUCCCUAUAUGACCUGAGCUAAUGUAGAUAUUUCAGUAGGGACUCAAAUGCUUGAGUAACCGAAGCCACUUAUUUUGAAAGUUCUUGCCAACAUAAGUUUCUCAAGACAGAGUAAUUUAAUUAUACGUUGAUAGCAUAUUUGGAAAUCUUUUCAUGAGGGUAGGUGGAUUCUCUGAUGCUAUUUCUCCUUUUUAGAUGUUUGUAAAUAGUUUUAAUUUAUAGAGGAGAAAAUCUCACCAUUUGCUUACACUGUUUUGUAGAGCAAUUACUUCUAAAAAGAGUGAUAUCUGCUGGGCUGAAGGCAUUUAAAAAUACUGCUUGGUACAAGAGAUCACUGAAUAUGCGAUUGUGUCCGUCAAGAGCUCUCUAGUCUGCCAUCUGUUCUCUUUCAAACCUGUCCACUGCAUUGUUGUUUAUCAUCUUCUUUGACUGUUGAUUGCCAUAUUAGGACUAAAAAGAAAUUAAAGGACAAGCUAAACUCUGUUAGGCCUUUGAUUCAGGAUUUUCCAGGCUAGUCAAAAGCUGAUCUAACAUACAUAAGAGUCUAGAGGAGCACUGGAGUUACUAGCAUUAAUUUAUUUAAAAAAAUCUUUUGAAUGCAUUGUUGUUUCCCAUUCCAUUUGUCCUUUGCUGCUCAGCCUUUCCUGCAAAAAUGCCAGAUCCAGUCAUGCUGAAGAAAUGCUCAGAGCUGCGUCUCCAGAAUAAUGCUGUAGGCCCUGGCCCAAAGUGAGUGCAGCUCCCAUUGAAGUCAAAUGGGUGUGGCUCCCGUUUACACCAGGGAUGAAAUUAAAUCCUUAUGAUGUUUCCUGCAAACUGGGGUGCUUAAGACCUGAUCCAAAGUCCACGAAGUCCAAUGGAAAGAUUCCCAUUGACUUCAGUGGCCUUUGGAUCUGGCCUGCAGUGCUAGUCCAAACCAUUCUUCUGCUCUUCUGUGAAAUCAAAAGUCAGAGCAGAAUUAAUUGUAAAAGCUGAAAUGUGUGAUACAUAAUAAGAAACUCUUUUAAACAGUUGUUGCAGUGUCAAUUUUACUGUGGUCUAUUUACUAGCAAACUGUUCACUGCUUGUAGUGGCACCCUAUUUUUCAGGGAUAGCAGUUACUUGCAGUGCCUAAUGUAGUGUACAUUCUAGUAAAGUAUAUAUUUUUGUAAUUAUAUUUUACUACAUUAAUGCUUGUUUCCAAAGUGUUAUGCUUUCUUAGAAUGCCAAACUUCUGAAUAUAUCUUUUUAUAUAUAUAUAUGUGUGUGUAACAUUUUGUGUGUAAGUAUUAAAGAGCAAUUCACUGGAAGAAAGGUGAUACCAAUAGGGAUCUGUACCAGCCUUUCUUGCAUGAAAGCUAGAAGGUGGCUGCUUUGACAUUCUGUGAAACAUUUAAUGGACAAUGCUAUAUUUUGUAUGUGGCUUUCAGCUGAGCUUUCUUGUUUCUUUUUCUGGCCAAUGACUGAGACCGAACGGGAAAAGGAAGCCUGUCUAAGAAUGGCUGAUUUCCUCAGAGACUGACAAAGAAUACAGUGUCUAUUGUAUUCUUCUGCAAGACCUGAAGGUGUAAUCUCCAGGCAUAUGCUGUGACUUUUUUUUUUCUUUGAUCUACAACAAGAAGAAAAACAGUAAGUAGGAGAAGCUGGAAAGAGGGCAAAAGAAGCUUCUUCUACAGAGCCCUGAAAGUGAAGUCUGUGCCACAUGUUUGCUGUAUCUAUUGCAGUGGCAACAGGCUCAAACUCUCUGCUGAUAUUUGCAUUUAGUAGGUAGCACAGCAAUGUCUAUAGUUAUUGCUUCAAGUUCUUCCACUAAGAACGUUGGUUUGCGGUGCCAGACAACCCAAGGCUUAGAGCUACAUCAACCAAUUUAUGCUUGUGACCUGCAACAAUACAGUAAUCCAUUUAGUUUGAAAACACUACAUUCUGCUUGUGAAAUGUAGCACCUGAAUUGCAUCUUGGGAAUAGGUUUCACUAUUCUCUGAAUUUGUGAAGAGGUAGCACUUUCCUAAAAGACCAAUAAAAUCAGCAGGCCAUUUCCUUAGCUGGCGAAAAUCAACAUAGCUCCACUAGCUUCAUUGGAACUACCCCAACACCAACUGAGGAUCUGGGCUGUAGUAAGACCUCUCUGUAGUUCUCUAUAUCUUCAGGUUUCUUCUGCUUGCUUGAUGGCAAAUGAGUGUCUAACUCCUCUUGUCUUAUCAAUCAUGUCUUCUAUGCAAAACAAACUUAAUCUGAAGUGUAGCUUCACAAUUAGAUGCUUAUUCCUGUUGCUUUUACUACUGUUAACACUUAAAGUUAAUAGCAGCUGUUUACAACACUGCUUCAGUGCUCCGGUAAAUAAUGCUUAAUGCCUCAAGAAAGCAGAGAAUAGGGUUUUUAUAUAAUUUUUCACUUUUCUGCUUUUGAAUUUUCAAAAGUGCCUAAAUACCACAUAUAAAAGCAACUUGGGACUUAAGAGCCUAUGUGUAUUUAAAAGUGACUUUCCAUAUGGGACUUUGGCUCCUAAGUCACUUAGGUACUUCUGGAAAUUUUGUCCCCAGCCAUUUUAAAGAGCAGUUCUGCUGGCAGUGGCAAGUAUGGUUAGGAAAAACUAGAUCCCUGAAUUGAUGUGAAACAUGAAUAUUUGCCCAUUGCUUACUAAACACAUCUUUAAACAGAACAUCCUUUAUGAACCUGCAGUGCCUUAAUUGCUAGAGAUAUGUAGGUUCUGAUUGCCUGAGUCCUGCAAAGCUAACCAGCUAACUGCUUCUGCUGCCUCUAAGGCUUCUAAUGAGGAGCAACUCAAAUCAUUCCACCACCAACUGCUUGAAGUUGAGAUCUCAAUGGUAGCAUUCAGACCAAGUCCACCACACUACAAUAGAAACAAGUUCUUUUUUUUUUUUAAUUAAGAUAUCAGAUGUGAGCUCUAACUUAUAUGACCUGAACUUGAGAGACAAAAGCAGACUUAAUGGAUUGCGCUAUGAGAGGACAUUUAAUUUCUAGGAAGUGAGUGCUUUUAUUUCUGGGAUAAAUUUAUCUUUAUUUACUUUUUCACUUAAUGCACCUGGAUUCAGACACACAACUGCUUACGGAUCAAGAUGAGAAUACAUUCUUUUGUGAGCCCCAGAUUGAGCAAAGCACACAGAAGUGUAUCCUCUUCCCAAGGGAGAACCCCCUCCUGGCAAUCUGAACAAUCCCUACCCCAUGUUGCAAUAAUCUUUUCUACAGCACAAGAAGGCUGGAGUGUGCUCCCACCAGAGUCUGUCAAGGCUGCUCCACAACUCAGCCUGAGCUGUAUGUCAAGCGGCUCCCUACUCUUCCAGAAGCUAGGCUGUAGCUUUAACAGUGUUUCUAGUCCACAAAAGGAUGGAUCAAACUCUGCUCCGCAGUUGUUUUCCUUGGGGUUUGGUUUCCUUUUCUUCCAAUACCUUUGUCUUCUAAGCCUUAAAAUAAAUUGACUUAAUAUAUCAAACCUCAUGUCUCUCAUCACUGGAGCCGUGUUUUCUUUUCAGCUCUGAAACUUGUUGGAUCCAGUCAUUUGUAAAUUGAGUGUUUUUAUUGCUGAGGUUUAAAUUCUUCAUUGUUGCUUUUGAUGACCAGCACAAACGAUAUGGUGCCUUUAGCAUAGGUGCUUUUGGUAUGUUUUUAUAUCGAGAUCUUUUUAAUUCAUUCUUGUGUUGCGCUCCCAGCUGCCAAAUGUUGCUUAUGAUUUAUCGCACAGAUGUGUUCUGUAUGGUCUGCCAAGUCAAAGACUGUAAUUGAGUGUUCAAAGUCAGUGUCAAAGUGUUUCAAGGAGAACUGUAAAAUGCAUUGUAGAGAAAUAGUGGCAGAGUCCCUAAAAUUUGUAUAAAUAAAGUUAAUUUUCAUUACCUGUA